CAGUGUCGUCGACUCGAAACACCACCUCACGCUCUCCCCGGACCGUGCUCUCCUCCUUACAACACCGGCAAGAUGUGCACAUAUUCUUGCAUGGCAGGAUACAUGAAGAUUGAAGGAAAUGACAGCAGAGUGUGUGACGAGCAUGGUGAAUGGAUUGGGACUCCUAUACGCUGUGAGCAGGUCAUACAGUGUCGUCGACUCGAAACACCACCGCACGCUCUCCCCGGGCCGUGCUCUCCUCCUUACAACACCGGCAAGAUGUGCACAUAUUCUUGCAUGGCAGGAUACAUGAAGAUUGAAGGAAAUGACAGCAGAGUGUGUGACGAGCAUGGUGAAUGGAUUGGGACUCCUAUACGCUGUGAGCAGGAUUCUGGGACUCGAGCCCCUUCAUCUUGUAAUCCCGACCUGGCUUUCCUUGAAGAACCUCAUAAUUUAGAAGCAGCUGAAGGAGAUCUAUUAGAGCCAAAGUGCCGGGUCAGCGACCAAGAUGCGACCUUGACAUGGUUCAAAGACAGGCAAACGUUGGAUUCAGGUGCUGUGAAUGGUAUCUUCGUCGACCAAUACAACCAACUAAUCAUUCCAAGCUUCAAUGCACGACACGCAGGACUCUACUCAUGCGUUGUAUUCUCCGGGGACAGGGAAUGCAUAAGAUCUGAGGCCAAUAUAACUUUCAACCCCCGGAGCUACUUCGAAUUCGUUCCCGAGAAUGCGUAUGUCAAUUUUGGUGACGAUCAUCAGUUCCAGUGCUCUCCCAUAGAAAUCGCAUGGAGUGUCAUCUGGGAGAAGGAUGGGCGACCGCUGGAACAAGGAGACGUUUUCAUCCGUCGAGGAAACCUCUAUCUGAUAGAUAUAAGGGAGGGAAAUGAAGGGCAGUACACUUGCGUUGCUCGUGACCAGUUCGGGCGAACCAAGGGUCGAGUACAUGCCUGGCUUUAUUUGACUGAUCCACCUCAGAUUGACAUUUCUACAGUUUGCGGCACGAUUACGUACUGGAAAGAGAGCAAAGCUCAAACCACUCCCUCACCAGCGAUAGUUGCUAGCACCGAGGCCGCCGGUAUCGACGAAGAUUCAAGCAACUGGAGCAGCGAAAGUAUGAACGUAGCAGGCAGAAGCUCAGGCCGUGUGACCGGAGGAAAUAUAGCAAAUCGUGGUUCGGCGCCCUAUAUGGUCCGGAUCUGGGAAAACAAACCUGAGAAAUGGGAUCCAUGGACCUUUACCUGCGGCGCGACACUCCUGGACCAGAGGUGGAUUUUGACUGCUGCGCAUUGCAUGUUUGACAAGCACGGAAACUUGAUUACAAAGGAAAAUAUGAAUUUAUUUUUCGGAGAUUAUGACUCAAACGUACUAGAAGAGUCGGAAAAGAGCCGACAGCCAGCGGAAAUGAUUGUGCAUGAGGAUUAUGACAAGACGAACUAUGAUAAUGACAUUGCCCUGAUACGUAUCGACCCACCACUGUGGGAGUUCACUCCUUACAUUCGUCCUAUUUGCCUGGCUCCUGGGGUUCUGGCCAGUCGUAUCAUGGAGACCAAUAUCAACGGACGUGUGACCGGAUGGGGACAAGAGUCUCUCAAAAGUCAAACCAAUCAGUUUAUGAAGGAGGUGGAGUUACCUAUUGUUGACCGGCAAACUUGCGAGGAGAGUGUUGACGAGGAUGAAGGAGAGUUUACUGACAACAUGUUCUGUGCUGGUUACCACAGUGCGCUGCAGGAUGCCUGCAGUGGUGACAGUGGGGGUCCAUUUGCUUUUCGUCAUGAUGAUGGACGGUGGUAUCAAGUUGGUAUUGUAAGCUGGGGCGUCGGGUGUGCUAAGGAGGGAGAAUACGGGUUCUACACAAGCAUCUCUAGAUAUCUUCAUUGGUUACGUUCUAAGAAUGUAACAGUUGCAUAUUCUCUGAAAGUAGAGAGACAGUUCAACGAGAGUCAACUCAGUGAGACACUGUUCUUUACAGUGAGAUCUCCUAGCAAUUUUACUGUUGCAGCAGGUAGCGUGGUCGACCUAGAGUGUUUCCCUAACAGAUUUGAUGCGUCCGUUCAGUGGUUCAUAGGGAAUAGCAUCAGACCAGUGAGAAACCUUGUGGAAGGAGUGCGCAUCCUACCUCCUGGACUAGUCUUACACUUUGACGCCGUAGAGGAUCGUUUCUCUGGAAUAUACUCGUGCGAGGCCAGGGUCGAUGAUGAGGAGGGGGAGCAAGUCAUCAGGGCAACCUUCCAACUACAGGUUACUGCAGCUUGAUGGUGUUAAGUCCAAACCAACUCGACAAUGCAAUCAUGGUUGAAAGGAGAGAUGUUGUGUUUUUCUUCUUCUAUUUCUUAAACGGCCACUCUAACCAAAACGGGCUAAAAAA